AUGGCCAGGUCCAGUUGGAUCUCCCCCCUGGUGGGGUUCGUUCUCCUGGGCCUCUCAGCCCACCCAAGGCUGGAGAAAACGUUCUUUGUGCUCAUCCUGCUCAUGUACCUGGUGAUCCUGCUGGGCAACGGGGUCCUCAUCCUGGUGACCAUCCUUGACUCCCGCUUACACAAGCCCAUGUACUUCUUCCUGAGGAACCUCUCCUUCCUGGACAUCUGCUACACAGCCUCCUCAGUCCCCCUCAUCCUUGAUAGCUUCCUGACCCCCAGGAAAACCAUCUCCUUCUCAUCUUGUUUUGGGCAGAUGUUCCUCUCCUUUGCCAUGGGAACCACAGAGUAUGUGCUCCUGAGCAUGAUGGCGUUUGAUCGCUCCGUGGCCAUCUGCAACCCCCUGAGGUACUCUGUGGUCAUGAGCAAGGCUGCCUAUUUGCCCAUGGCCAGCUCCUGGGCAGCUGGUAUCAUCAACACUGUGGUCCAAACAUCCCUUGCAAUACGACUGCCCCUCUGUGGGGACAACAUCAUCAACCACUUCACCUGUGAGAUCCUGGCUGUCCUGAAGUUGGCCUGUGCUGACAUCUCCAUCAGUGUGACCAGUCUGAGGAUAACAAUUAUUAUCUUCCUGGGCAUCCCAGUUCUGUUCAUCAUUUUCUCCUCUGUGUUCAUCAUUGCUACCAUCCUGAGGAUCCCCUCAGCAGAGGGGAGGAAAAAGGCCUUCUCCACCUGCUCUGCCCACCUCACAGUUGUGGUCAUAUUCUAUGGGACCAUUGUCUUUAUGUAUGCCAAACCCAAGUCUAAGGACCCACUGGGGACAAAUAAACAGGACCUUUCAGGCAAGCUCAUCUCCCUCUUCUAUGGGGUGGUGACUCCCAUGCUCAACCCCAUCAUCUACAGCCUAAGGAACAGAGAUGUAAAGGCUGCUGUGAAGAACUUUGUAUGUCAGAAACACCUGAGUAAUGUUGCAUUGUAUAUCUAG